CCCGUAUCCCUUCGGCCUUCAGACCCCUACCAGGCCCCUCGGAACAUACCCUUGUGCCCGAGCAGCCAACCGCCCGCGCGCGUGCGUGCUCUCCCGCACGCUCGCCACGUCUGAACGUCUUGGAGGAAGGAAGGGCAGGCGGGCGAGGAGAGGAACUCGCAGCAGUGAUUGCCCGGACGCAGCGCGGGCGUGAGUCUCCAGAGGAACCUCACAAUGACGGGCGCCAUGUGGAGGUCCUCCUUUGCUGUGCUCGUCCUGGGCGCUGCUGCAGUCAGCGCUGCCGUGCACUCGCGCCCCUGGUACAAAAAGGUAACAGACUGCACCGUCUACACCCACCACCUGGACCGGCCCCUGAGGGCUGUCACCAGCGCCACCUUCUACGUCAGGCACGAGGGAAGCCUCAGAAGAAUAGCCAUGAGACUCUACGGCUUCUCGGACAGCUGGGACGUGAGUGUCUGGCCUCCGAAGGGCAGCAAGGACCCCCACGCUUGGCACAACGUCACGGUCACCAAGAUCGGGUAUAACUUGACGGUCUACGUGGACGGCUCCCUGGCCCUGAGGGAAUACGUGUCAUCGAGUUCGAAACUGACCCACUUGACGGUGACCUUGAAGGGAGAGGGAGAGGUGACCCUGUGUGACUUCCGGGGCGGUAAGGGAGUAGCCGCUAUCAAGUUUAUUAACUAACUGAUUGACUGAAAAAGAGAAAGAAAGAGAGAAAAAAAAGACUAUAUAUUUAAGUGAAUGUGAAAACAAACUCUUAUAGUGCAGCUAUGAUAACACACUAACACGUAAUGGUAGUUAUAGAAAGAUUUGGUUGCAGUGUUUUUUUCGUAUUUUUUCGUUUUUUUUUGUGAUGGUGAGGUUGACGAGGGUGAGGCUGAGGGUGAAUUAUGUAAAGGAUGAGAUAAAAGUACAAUAAAUCUUUAUUAAGUUGAAAUGUUAUCUUGU